AGAAAAACAAUUUUAGGAAGGCAGAAAUCGGAGUCAGAAGUAGUGCUGUCCUGUUACUAAAUAAAUAGGUGGGGGGAUCGGAAGUUUACGUUAAUGUUAGGACCAUGGAGUACUACUCUUUUUGCCCAGUGUGUAAUUUGCAGAUUCUCUCCAACGAAAUCGAGAGGCAUGCAAACGAUCACUUCGCUGACCAUGAACUCGCCCGGGACUUAGAAUUCGCCCAACAAAUUCAGCUUGCGCCCCCUACUCCUCUGGUUGAUAGUGCCAUGCAUUGUCAAAGCAAUUUCUCGGAUACCCAUCAGAGCACUUCCUUGUUGAGGGAUGCCGCCGCUGAGACUGAUGCUUGUGAAGGGAGUGAUGUUGAUGGGAAAUUCUGCUCUUUGAUCAGUUUGCAACUUAAGGAGACCUUCUAUCAAGUAGAGGGUGGUUUGAUCGCUUUGCUCAGAAAUUGUUUGGCAUCCGAGUCUCAAGAUACAACCAGUAUUUUGUCCGGGUAUGUUGAUCAUUUCCAAAGCCGAGAAUGGGAAGACAUUGGGUGGGGUUGUGGAUGGCGUAAUAUUCAGAUGCUUAGCUCGCAUUUGAUCACACAAAGGCAAGAGGCAAGGGAGGUUUUGUAUGGUGGUGCUGGAUUUGUGCCUGAUAUUGCUUCUCUCCAAAGAUGGCUUGAAAUUGCAUGGGAACUUGGAUUUGAUGCACAAGGUUCAAAUGACUUUGAUAGGGAGAUCUAUGGCAAAAGGAAUUGGAUCGGAACUACUGAGUGCGCUGCACUUUUUCGUUCUUUCGGGCUACGUGCCAUGGUAGUGGAUUUCUGUAGCAAGGGAACCCCAUCUGCAUCUUCAACCACUGCAUUACACCAUGGGAAAAUGGCUAGCGAGGAAAUUGUUGGCAAGGGGAAGUUGACAAAGGUCUAUGGGCCCAUGGAUAGAUAUUUGUCUAGACGAGAUAAUAGCUUUACCCAUGAAAUUUUCACUAUGCCUGAAGACUGUACGCAUUCAUGUGGCCCUGUUGGGAAGAUCAAAGGUCAUGGAGUAAUCAUUGACUGGGUGUGGAAUUAUUUUUCUGACAACAAUUCCACUAAACCUAGCAGUCACCGUGUUGUUCUCAGUGAGAAAGCAUGCAGGCCCUUGUACUUCCAACAUGAUGGUCACUCAAGAACCAUCGUGGGGAUUCAAGCUAAACGCCAGACUAAUGGGAACUAUCAAUACAAUUUACUAAUCUUGGACCCUGCUCAUAGAACAGAAGCUCUUGCAAAGUCUCUCGAACAAAACUUUGGAUGGCAAAAGCUGAUAAAGAGAGGUAUCCACACACUGAAGAAGCCGCAGUAUCAGCUUUGCUUUAUUGAGCCUGGAAUUGCAUCUGGAGAGGAGAUUGACCAGCUGAAGGUCUUAUACGGCAUCAAUAUUGAAGUGUAGUGUCAAGGGCUUCCUGAACUAGUUUCUCUGAUUCUGAAUCAAGGGCACUGGUUGCCUCAUCAAGCAAAAGAAUUGGAGGGUUCUUGAGGAUGGCUCUUGCUAUUGCAAUUCUUUGUUUCUGUCCGCCAGACAAUUGGAGACCCCGCUGUCCUACCUGUAAUUGUUCAACCGAUCAGAAUGUUCACUUGCCAUUGGAUUUGUACUUUAGCAGUAAAAUGACCGGCCGCAACUCAUCACCAGGCACCAUAGCAUGUGCAAAUUGGGGAGGGGGGACUGGGUUUAUCUCUUUGAAUAGGGGGAUAAAGACAAGCACGUAUCCACCUUUUUGUAACGAAAGAGGAACUCUAAACAUUGAGACCAUUAACAAGUGCUUGGUACUCACUGGUGAUUGGUUUUAUAUAUCAGGGAUUAAUAUCUGAGAAUAUUUUUCAAGUGUUGACUGUGCCGUCUAUUUUAUGAUUUGAAUACAUGGUCAUAAAUGAUAGUAAUUCAAAUUUUGCUCUUUAAAAUGCAACCAGGUGUUUGUUUACUUUGCAUAUCAGGUAAGUUCUGUUAGCUCCGCUUGAGUUUGAUAUGUGUAACUACUAGUGUGUCAUUCCAGUCUGGUGGAUCACGAUUUUCAAAUGAUAUAAUGCAGCAGGUGAAGAUUUCAGUAACUUGAAGCUGCUGAAGACUCAUCAGAAAGGACAACAAUAAUGAUUGGUUGUUGACAUUACUGUAGCUGAGGAUGCAAAGGAACUGAAUGGAAGUGCCAUUCUCUCUUUGCUGGAGUAUGUUCACUUUUCUCAGGUUGACUGCUUUACUAUUUCUUUAUGCAUUGCAAAAAUGUUUAUGAUGUUUUUUGCUAGUUUUUAUCACUCAUCAGUGGAAAAUGUAAUUGUGCCUGUGAUAGGGAUUUUUGAAAGGAGUAGAAUCAGUAUCAAAUGUAGUGAUUUUGUUGAAAAGUGCCUGACCUCUGUUAAAUACUUGUCUGGUAGUUGGGAUAUAAAAGAAUCUGCAUUUGCUAAAAGUGCAGCAUGCUGGAUCUCUUCAUCAUCUGCAUCCAUCUUUCCUAUCUUGAUGUUAUCCUUGAUAUUACCAGCAAAGAGUGAUGGCUCCUGGGAAACUAAGCCGAGGUUUCUCCUGAGGAACUUCAAAUCAAGUUCCUUUAUAUUGUGGUUGUCAAUAAAAAUGUCACCUGAAUGGUUGGUUGUUCGUUUAGAUUGUACUCUUUGUAAUUAUAGUGUGUUAGGACCUUUGUGUAGGAUGCAUGCACACCAUGAUUUUUACCAUCAAAAGACUAUAUGACAUGGUUGAUUUGGGUUUUCCAGGACUACUAACCUUUUUCAGGAUCAUAAAAUCUAGCGAGUAAGGAGAUGAUAGUGCUUUUGCCGCACCCGCUACUUCCGACCAGUGCCACCACCUUUCCUGCUGGGAUUGAAAAUGAGAACCCUUGAAGGAUCACCUUUUCCUGCCGGGAGGGAUUUUCUUUGGAUCACCUGAAAGACUUCCUUCCCUGCAGCUUUUGCUUGGUUGAAUAUCUGCAUGUCUGGUGCAGCAUAAGUGAGUGAUCUGCAAUGAAGAAAGAUGUAAAACCAAUUGGUGACGGUCCCAGCUCGUGGCCUUUCUUCUGCUGUAUGCAGAUGGUUGGCAGAAUCUAUGCACGCAUUUACGAUUUAUGUUUCUUACAUAGCUCCGAAGAGGAUGCUCAUAACUGCAGCUAUGACGUCUCCUCCAGUUGAUCUCUUGUUCACAACAACAACUGCUCCGACCCAAACAAUGAGAGCCCACGAAGUGAAGGUCACAGUUUGAAACAUACCGGUCCCUGCACCCUUUAUUAAUGCUUCUUGCUUGCUUAAAAUGAGUUGCUUCUCUAAGCACUUCGAAAGCGACUUGAUUGCUCGGUUUUCUCCAACAAAUGCGUAUACGGUUUUGAUCUGGGAAAUCGUCUGUUAUGAAAAAGGUAAGCACUGUAUAAGUCCUCCUAACGUUUUGGACAAUGCAUACCUGUUAGCAUCAAAUACCUGAAUCCUGCAGAUGCAGAACUAUUACCUGUUCUACCAGUGAUGUAGCCUCGGAGAGGUACGUCAACUUGGUUGCCGAAAUGGAAUUCAUCUUUUUGGUAUAAUUGGCUCCAAUAAAUAGAAUUAGGGGAACAACGAACAACGUAAGGAGUGACACUUCCCAGCAGGAUAUGAAAGCGACGAGAACCCCCGAAACGAAAGUUGCCAAGCAUGAUAGGAAAUGCCCCAGCUGUAUGCGGGAGGCAAAGACUCGAUUAGAAGAAAUUGUACGACUCUGACUGAAUAAUUGUGCCGUUUGUGUCCGCUAAGCUACCUUUGGUGGUGGUAUGUGUAGGACCAUACACAUAGGCAGGCAAGGUAAUUGUGUUUAAUAAAAUCGAAAUCUGAAAUCUGAAUAUGUGAAGUUAUUGAAAUAUCAAGUAGAAAAAUUCUAACAUUUGAGUGUAUUAUGUAUUAAAUUAUAAGCGAGCAGUUUAUCAUUUAUUGAAAUGUCAGUAAGGUUUAAAUCCAUUAACUUUUUGACUAACGUAUCAAUCACUAGUUUUUUGUCCCCCCCUCCUCCUCCCCUUUCAUUUGUAGAAGCCAUAAGUGAUGGAGACAACACGAAGGAGGAGGAGGAGGUAGGUGCAAACUUAAAAAUGCGGACCUUCUCUCCAAUAGCAUCCUGUAUGAUGCGCAUGUGAUCGGUAAUUCCGGUGAUUACUUUAGCACUGCUUAAAUCUGUAUCGAAAGCUCCCAUCUCCUGCCUCAGUACCGCUCUUAAAAAAGCCAGCCUCAGACGUGAUACUUGUCUUUGGCUUGCAUGCAUCCAGCAUCCUAUCUCUGCAUGCAAUAUUAUAUUUAAAACCAUGGUAUCACAUAAUAUCUGGAAUUUUACUUCAUUCUUCUUUCACCUUCCUUCCCCAGUUUGAUAUUUUGCUUCUGCUCAUUAUAAGAAAGAAAGUUACCUACAACUCCGGCAGGAAACGUUGCAAUGGCCAUGUACCACACAUACGGAACGACCUGGACAACCAGCCAGCCAACCAAUCAACCAAGUGGGGUUCAGAAAUUAAUAUACAAAAAAAAAAAAUAAAAAUUCAGGCCAGUUUCCGGGAACUUUAAAUAAUCAUACGCUGCCCGGUUCUUCUGUUUUGCAGCAGUAAUAAGUGGAGGAGUAUUUAGAUAUUUAGAUUGAGGCUUUCUUACUUGUUUCAGGGCUUUAACCAUGGCAUCAGUGUCGCUUAUGUUGUUACCGUAUGCAUCAAGGGCUCUGCCCAGCAAAAAAUAGCCUAUGGGUUGAGCCAGUCCAUGGAUUAUGGAUCCCAAGGUACCCGUAACCAUCAUUACCCAAUCCCAUGCGUCUGCGUAGCUCAAAAGUUGGCGAAAUGCCAAUCCGCUGAUGAUGUUCUCGUCAGUAGCAGCAGUGGUUGGAUCUGGACGAGCAUCAUGACUUUGCUCCCGCUUCUUCUGAAUCUGCUGAUUAUCAACUACUUCUUGCAUGCCUCCUGCCCGACCUCCGCUGUGUGGAGCUUUGAUCUUCAGAGGAGUUUUUUCCACAGUGUUGCACUUGGUACCGGUGGUCUCUGCUGGCAAGGUAUACAUAUAUAUAUAUUCUUUGAUGAUAUUAAUAACAGCAAUGCUGGCUGGUGAUGAAGUCUGCCUGUUGGAAUUGCAUUGGGUUUGAUGAUUACUAUGACCGACGGGUAUAUAUUGCAGUAUAUCCAUUUAGCAUUCACGAGUGUUUCUUAAAUAUGGGCUCGUUUGUAUUGGUGAAUAUUAGAGCGAUGUUGACACCUCGCAAGAAGACGGAUGGUAGAGCUAUAGCAGACAAUCCAGAAGCUGAUUUAGUUUAUUCCAGAAUGCAAGCCAAGCCGUGUUUAUUAUUCUUUGAUGAUAGAUGAUACGUAGUCCUUUUGUAGUUAGUACUUGUAAUUUUCAAAGGAGGCCGGGAUCCAUCUAAAUUGGCUCAAUGAGAUGGAUCGUUUGCCAAUGGAAAAUGGGUGCAGUUUUCGGUGUA